AUGCCAGCCAAAAGCCAAAAGGAAUAUCUUGACCUAAGAGAUUUGCUGGAGGCAACGAAAGCUCAGUACAUACGACCUCAUAAUCGCGAUCGUAAGUCGAUCGUGAUCGUGAAAUCAAUCAUGAUCGUGAUCGUGAUCGGGAAGUCGAUCAGUCUGAAGUCCCCCAAGUUCAUGGAGAUGAGCAUGCUGGAGAAAGUAAAAUUUUGA